GCGGGGCCAGGUGUGGGCUUGUGAUUCGGCGGCCUGGCUCGGGCGUCCUGAGACUGGGCGAGGUGGGCAUAGGGGCUCGAGCGGGGGUUCCGACGGAUGUAGGUGCUUGGAGGGAUAAUCAGAGGCCGACGAUCAGCGCCUCGGAAGCUGUUGGAGGCGCUUUCGCUGUCUCCAGAGGGUCCAGCGGCGGAGAUGACGCCUUCCUGAGCCCGACGCAGCUGCUCACUGCAGCUUCGGGGCCGCGGGGACCAGGAAUCGAGUCCUGCGCUCACCCUGUCCGGCCCCCUGGCUUCGACCUCUGCUCAGCUCUCCCCUCUGGCUAUCGCGUCAGUCCCUCGGGACAUCAGAGAUACAGACCCAGUGGAUAAGCGAAGCCUGAUCCUGGACUAGAGUCCACGUUGCGCACCAUCUGCCUUUGCCCUAAGAAAGCUGGAAACGACACGACUGCAAAAGCAUCUGGGAAACUUUUGUACCCAGACUCAGCUUCGUCAGGGCUGGUGGGACUGCUCCCUUCUCCCCCAAGUUCAACCAGACAACUUGUGCCAGGGGACCUGUUGAAGGAUCCCUGCUCACCACAAAGGAUUCCAGAUCCGUGAGGCUAAGCUGAUUCAUUCUGAAACGAGGCCACCACUUUUUACCUGCCCAAGCCACCGUCUCAAACUAGGAUAUGAGAUUAGGUGGAAGACCAGAGAGGCCGUGUGGUGGAAAGGACAGGGUCUGUCACCACUGGAAGCGCCUGGUGGACGACCGAUGGCUGUGGCGACACGUGGACCUGACGCUCUACACGAUGCGGCCCAAAGUCAUGUGGCACCUCCUCCGCCGCUACAUGGCCUCCCGGCUCCACUCGCUGCGGAUGGGCGGCUACCUCUUCUCGGGCUCCCAGGCGCCCCAGCUGUCCCCUGCCCUGCUGAGGGCCCUGGGUGACAAGUGCCCCAACCUGAAGCGCCUGUGCCUGCACGUGGCGGAUCUGAGCGCGGUGCCCAUCACCAGCCUGCCUCGUACGCUGCAGACACUGGAGCUGCACAGCUGCGAGAUCUCCAUGGCGUGGCUGCUGCGUGAGCAGGACCCCCGGGUGCUGCCGCAGCUCGAGUGCCUGGUGCUGGACCGAGUGCCCGCCUUCCGCGACGAGCACCUGCAGGGCCUGCCGCGCUUCCGCGCCCUGCGCUCGCUCGUGCUGGGCGGCACCUAUCGCGUCACCGAGACAGGGCUAGACGCCAGCCUGCAGGAGCUGAGCUACCUGCAGAGGCUCGAGGUGCUGGGCUGCACUCUGCCGGCCGACGGCACCCUGCGGGCCAUCAGCCGCCACCUCCGGGGUGUGCGCAAGCUCCGCCUCACCGUGGGCGGCCUCUCGCCGGCCGGGCUGGCCCUGCUGGAGGGGAUGCCCGCGCUGGAGAGUCUGUGCCUGCAGGGGCCCCUCAUCACCCCCGACAUGCCCACUCCCACCCAGAUCAUCUCCUCCUGCCUGACCAUGCCCAAGCUGAGGGCGCUCGAGCUGCAGGGGCUGGGCUGGGAGGGCCAGGAGGCCGAGCGGGUCCUGUGCCAGGGGCUGCCGCACUGCGUGGUCAUUGUCAGGCCCUGCCCCAAAGAGUCCAUGGACUGGUGGAUGUGACCGUGGCCAGGCCCCAGGACGUGUCCUGGCGUCCACUCUGGAGCCCCUGGCCCUCGGAGCAGCACAGUGAAGAGGGAGGUUUCUCAGGCUCGAGGGUUCUGGUGGAGAAAACCAGUCUUGGGACUCCAGACGGCGCCAACGUUGCUGGCCAGCUGUGUGGCCUUCGGCUCAGCCAGGCUCUGGAUGCGCAGGUCCAUCUGGAAACCGCGAAGGCCAGAGCCCCUCCCGAGGGGACUGCAGUGCCUUACACACUACAGCCGGGGCCCCAGCACGGCACCCUCAGGACCACCUGGACGUGGACGGGCGGGGCGCAGGGCUGGGGGACCUGGCGGUCCGCGCAGGUGCACGGGUCACCACCCCGAGCGCCGAGCAUUCAGUACCCACUUGCACUGCAGGCAGAUGGAGGGCAGGGUGCCGUUCGUAACUGAAAUGUUCCUGAAGGUGCUCAGAUGUAUUUUCUGAAUUUUGUAUUCUGCCUUUUUCAAGUUUUUCACAGCAUAUAUUAUUUUGCUAUUAAAACACGA